AUGAGUGAAGAACAAGAUAUUGAGACCGUCUCCACUGAGCGUACCAGCGUACAACCUGCAACUCUGGACGAAGCUUUUGGGAUGGCUUUGUCAAUGCCAGAGACAGAAGAACCUCAAGAUCAUUUUCGUGACAUGACAGAGCACCUGACUUAUGCGGCGGAGAAGCUCCAUCUCAAAAGAGAAGAAUUGAACAGGUGGUGUAACUGUAUGUCCGCACCGGGAGUAGCCUUCCAGAUUCCUGGAGAAUGUGGAAAUAUACCGGAGAUGACACUAUUCGAUUUAUUGGCUCUGAGGACGCGGGAUGAGAGUGUCCACACUGCCUUCGUCAGGUCAAUCAUCCGAGGGUCUAUGAUUUUCAAGGAAGAACAAGCACAAAGAACAGCACACCGUUCUCAGAUUCAACCUACCCCAAUUAGAGAGAUGGCACAAGAUACAAAAAGCGUGACUAGCACAGGAAGUGACGAAACUCUGAUUCAAUUCCCUGAAGAUACCGACUCCUAUGCCGGACCGUCUCACAAUACAUGA